CGGGCUCAGACAUUUGCAUUUUUAUUUUAUUAUUGCCACAGUCUUCCAUUUCUGUUGGGAGUCUCCCAGGGUCAGAGUAUCAACGACACUCAGUGCCACAAUCUCAUUUCCAUUUCUGCUAGGAGUCUCCCAGAUUCUCAAUAUCAACAACACUCACCCAGAUUUUUAACAUUUUCUCAUCUGGAUGUUCAUCAAUUAGUCAAACAAUGCAGAUUCAGCCACACCCACUUCCAAACUAUAGUCUUAGGUCACCAAUUUUCUCACCUUCGACCCAUUUUCUCAUACCUUUCUCAUCAUCAUUCCAACCUACUAAACUUGUCUCUAUUCCAAAUUUCCCAUCUGGGUCUUGCGGCUCACUCAAAAGGAUGUCUAAGUCACAAACUGGUUUGAGAAGCUAUGGUGGUUUGGUUAGUGUCAGAUGUGAGGCUUUACAGGGAAAAGAGGAUGAUGGGUUCUAUAUGAGGAGGUGUGUGGAGCUGGCAAGGAAGGCUAUUGGCUGUACAAGUCCUAAUCCCAUGGUUGGGUGUGUCAUUGUGAAAGAUGGAAAGGUUGUUGGCGAAGGGUUUCACCCAAAAGCUGGGCAGCCUCAUGGUGAGGUUUUUGCUUUGAGGGAUGCCGGGGAUUUGGCCGAGAAUGCAACUGCAUAUGUGAGCUUGGAACCAUGCAAUCAUUAUGGGCGAACACCACCCUGCACUGAAGCACUAAUUAAAGCCAAGGUGAAAAAGGUUGUAAUUGGGAUGGUCGAUCCAAAUCCUAUUGUGGCUUCAAAGGGGGUGGAUAGAUUGAGAGAUGCAGGAAUUGAAGUCACUGUGGCUGUGGAGGAAGAACUAUGCAAGAAGCUUAAUGAAGCCUAUAUACAUCAAAUGCUGACAGGGAAGCCCUUUGUCACGCUGAGAUAUUCUCUCUCAAUCAAUGGCCACAUUUUGGAUCAGCUUGGAGAAGGAGUUGAGGAGGCCGGUGGAUACUACUCGCAAUUGGUACAGGAAUAUGAUGCAAUAAUUCUUUCUCCAACAACUGUAACUGAGAAGUUUUCUUUUCCUGCCUCCCAAGAACCUGGAGCCAAUCAACCUCUUCAUAUUUUGAUAGCAAAAAGUCCCAUCUCACCGAACCAAAUCCCCAUUCCCCACACAGAAGCAACUUCUAAGGUGAUAAUCUUUGCUGACAAUGAGACUGCUGUAGAGCCAGAAAUGGUUCAAAAGGGAAUUGAAACAGUGGUUUUGGAUCAGAUAAAUUUGAAUGCAGUCCUAGAAUAUUGUAAACGUCAAGGAUUAUGCAGCAUUUUGCUGGAUUUAAGGGGAAAUUUUGGCUAUUUUGAAGACCUUCUCAAACAGUCUCUUGAAGAGAAUUUGCUGCAAAAGGUUGUGGUGGAAGUAUUGCCAUUUUGGAGCACAAAUGAAGAAGAGGGACUACCCUUGGCUUUGAAGAAUCUGAGGAAAGGAAUUAGAUUAAAGAAUAUAACUUCUAGGAACUCAAAUGACAGUGUUGUGCUGGAGGGAUAUCCCUGAGGCAAAUUAGACACAUGGUGAGCAAGUGCCAAACUAUUGCAAUCUUCUCUGGAAACCCAGUUGCUGCACUGCACAUGGAGAACACUGAGUUGAUUGAAUGGUCGUGAGUUUUUCCUUCCUUCCUCUGCUUGGGAAGAAAUGGAAGUGUUAACAUUUUCUCUGUUUUCCCCUCUUGUAGAUGUAUUAUCAUGAAUCGAAUUUUUCUUAAUAAAAAAAUUCUAAGAAGCAUCCUCCCAAA